GCGACAAUCGAGUCUUCGACGAGCAGUAGUGGGCAGUAGCUCGGUCACAACAGUAGGCUAUCACUUUAAGCGGCAUGUUUGCUCUGCUGAUUGUCGUCUUCGCGCUUGGCAGUGCUAAUCAGGCCGAGGAGUACACUUCUCCUUGGCACUAUAAGUGCGAUGGUGGUCUCUGCAAGAAAGUAUUGAUCACGGAACAGGAUAUCAAUCCGCUCGCUCUUAGCGUAUGCCAAUUGUCCUGUGGUCAAGCUGGUACACUUUGGCCGAAACCGACGGGACAUCUCUCCAUCGGCAAGACCACGGUACCGCUUAACCUCGAGAACAUUGUGCUGACCGGGAUCUCCACGCAUACGGUGGGUGGAAAUCUUCUUCAGAGGAACGUGGGUCGUUUAAAGGAGGGCGCAAAGAGACUCAGCGGUUCCGUGACUCCGAAUACGUGCAGCAUAAAGCUAGUGAUUCGCUUCAACGAGGGAAUCAAUCUCGACGAUGUCAAGCUGACCUUGGAUACCGACGAGAGCUAUACUCUCCGAGUUGCUAUGGUCGAUGGACAGGUGGAGGCUGACAUCACAACAAACACAUACUUUGGUGCUCGACAUGCCAUAGAGACCCUUAGCCAGCUGAUUGUCUUCGAUGAUCUGCGCAAUCAGAUUCAAAUAGCCAAUGAAGUAUACAUCGUGGACGGUCCAAAGUAUCCUUACCGCGGGAUUCUUCUGGACACUAGUCGAAAUUACAUUGACAAAGAGACGAUUCUGCGAACGAUCGACGGCAUGGCCAUGUCUAAACUAAACACGUUCCAUUGGCAUAUCACCGACUCCCACAGCUUUCCCUAUGUCAGCAGAACAUGGCCUGAUUUUGCUAAGUACGGUAGUUAUAAGCCAACCAAGAUCUACACGCCCGAGAUGAUCAGGGAGAUCGUCGACUAUGCUCUGGUCCGCGGUGUCAGGAUUCUGCCGGAGUUCGACGCACCUGCGCACGUCGGCGAAGGUUGGCAGUGGGUUGGCGACAACACGACAGUUUGUUUCAAAGCCGAGCCUUGGAAGAACUAUUGCGUGGAGCCGCCAUGCGGUCAGCUGAAUCCUACCAGCGAGAGGAUGUACGAAGUCCUCGAGGGAAUCUACAAAGAUAUGAUAGAAGAUUUCCGACAGCCGGACAUCUUCCAUAUGGGCGGCGACGAAGUGAAUAUCAACUGCUGGAGAUCCACGAAUAUCAUCACCAACUGGAUGCUAAAAAAGGGAUGGGAUCUUAGCGACAGCAGCUUCUACCUUCUGUGGGACUACUUCCAAGAGAGAGCUCUGGAGAAACUGAAGAUCGCUAACGGUGGUAAGAAUAUCCCGGCCAUCCUGUGGACCAGCGGGCUUACUAGCGAGGGGAAUAUUCAUCAUAUCGAUCCUAAGAAAUAUAUGAUCCAGAUUUGGACGACUGGCGACGAUCCGACUGUUGGGAGACUGCUGCGCAAUGAUUUUAAAGUUAUUUUCUCAAACUACGAUGCUCUAUAUCUUGACUGUGGAUUUGCAGCUUGGGUAGGCGAGGGUGUCAACUGGUGCUCGCCGUAUAAGGGCUGGCAGAAGAUUUACGAUAAUUCUCCAUUACAGAUGGUUAAGAAACAAGGAUAUGGGAACAAGAAGCAUCUUAUUCUAGGUGGAGAGGCUGCACUUUGGACCGAACAGGCGGAUAGCACAUCCACCGACUCGAGAUUGUGGCCAAGAUCAGCCGCGAUGGCCGAGAGAUUGUGGAGUGAACCGGAUUCUAGCUGGCAUCACGCCGAGCAGAGGAUGUUGAGGCAACGCGAGAGACUCGUCGAACGUGGAAUCGACGCGGACAGCUUGGAACCCGAGUGGUGCUUGCAAAACCAAGGCUCGUGCUACGCAUAAAUUCUAGGCGGCGAAGAUUUAUAUUUCUAUGCACCUAUAUAUACAUAUAUUUCAUGUUAAAAUAAAUCACUACAGCUAUUUUGACCUUGUCA